AUGGCCUCAGAACCUCUGCUGAAACGCACAUCUUCCGCCCUGUCCGGCUUUGCAGAAGAACCCUCUCUCAAACGACCGAAGCGUUUUCACCACCAUCAUCGGUUGCUACACCCCAUUGUUGCCAUUGAACCAGAACCGGCCAUCACGGAUGACACCUAUAUUGACUACCUGAUGAAUCGCACUAUUGGCCAAUCGCUGAGAGAUGCCGGGUUCGAUUUGGCGGAUCCUGUGGCACUGGAUAGCUUCCGUAACGCAACAGAGGAAUAUCUUCUUAAAUUCGCUUCCUACGUUCGCCAGUCCAUGCUGUCGUGUCGACGUCUACAACCUAUCCCACAAGACUUUGAGCAUGCCCUCAGACGAAGCUUCCUUUGCGCCGAUGACCUUCUUCCGUACCUCACGCCUGCACCUAUCGUCGAGUCUAUACCGACUCUCCUCCCGACACCUCCACUAGAAGACGAUUUAUUCAAGGAUUUACCAUGUUUGGGCUCAGAAUUGGAUGGUGAGAAUGACCGUGCUAGGAGCGCGCAUAUCCCCAAACAUUUCCCGCAGUUCCCUAGCAGACAUACCUACCGCUACACCCCGGUCUUUACGGAGCGAGAACAUGAUCCCCGCAAGAUCCGCGAACGUGCGACAGAAGACGGACGACACGGGGAAGAAGCUUUGCGCAAGCUUGCCCGUGCCGCGUCCCAGGAGACGCAUCUGGGCGCGGUUGGCCGUGAGAAGAAGCUCUGGGGCCGCAGAAUGGAAAGUAUGGAUAGCAUGUUUGAAAAAACAAUCAAGGGGCUUGCAAAGAGGAUGCAGAAGAACGCGUCAGCAAAUGUGGCCGCGGAGAUGGAUGAGGGUCCCCUGGCGGAACAAGAGGUGAAGCCUCCACGGUCGGGAGCAUUAUUGGGACUUGAACUAGGCCCCAUUGUCAACUGCGAGAGAGAUUUAUGGAGGCGAACUACGGCGUCUGGCGCCCGAAGACCAGAUGAGAAGCCGAUUGACGCGAAGGACACAGGGGGAGGUCUCUUGAUGAGCACAUAG